GAAGUCUGGGUAAUUAUUUCAUUUAUUAAACUGGCACCAUAAAGUAUAUCAUUAGAAACUAGAACUACACAUUCAGGAUAUGGUCCCAAACACAGAUGAAAAACUAAGAUCUUUUAAAAUGAGGUAGUAUUUACUUUCUAAGUAAGGCAACAUGUAAAUUAUUAUUAGUUAAUAUUUAUGAAGGCCAACAGUGUGCUAUGUAUUGUAUAUCACACUGAGAAAACAGUUGUUUAUAUUGUUGUUUACAUAGGUGUGUGUGUGUGUCUGUUUGUGUGCGUGCGCGUGCUUGCCUGGUAUCCUAUAAUAGGGUCAUAUGGCAUAUGGGAGAAUGGAUCAUAUCUCAGAAAAAGCAGAUGAACAUCAUCAAUCAUAACUAAUUUAUAUUCUUCAUUUCUACCAACUCAGGUUUCAUUUUUUUAUAUAUUAACAUUUGUAUUAUACAUCACUGCUUAUGAAAAUUAUGACUGAUUGAAAAAGAGUUUUCAUUGUCCAAUUGUAAGUUGCCCUAAAGCGGAACUUCCUUAUUUUGAUAUGUGAAAUAGUCUAUUUUUAUUGAGCUUGUAUAAGUUGUUGGUGUUGAGCAAUCUAUUGCAAAAAGGAUCAGUAGCUGCGUGAAACACAGUAUUAGUCAAGAAUAUGUUAAGUUGAAUAAAAUUUUUUAAAAUAGAAGAGACCAAUAAACCAUGGGCCAAGAGCUGUGCUAGGCACUUUCUCGGAUGAUUUGCCUGUGUAGUUUAUUCCACCUUAGAAACACCAUAUUAAAGAUAAGGAUCAUAGUUCUCAAUAUUGAGGAUCAGCUAUUACAAAGAGAGAAAUAGUACUGCAUGGAAUGAAUUAAAAACUGAUUGCACAAAUUCACCAACAAGGUCUUUGUAGAUUAGAAAAAAAGUUCCUUUUGACUUUCUGAUUUGACUUUUUGAUUUUCUUAUGCCAUUCCAUGUGAGAAUUAGUUUUAUAAAAAAACAAAAUAGUAGCAGAGUUUCUGUUCAUUUGUUCUGAUGCUUAGCUUUUAACAGUUCUUAGAAAUCAAGCCAUCUGCAAUAAGGAUGGCUGAAUUUCUAUAAUUUAAGGUACAGAUGAGAUAAACAUUCUCAAGCUCAGGUGCUUAUAACUUUUGUUAUUGUUGAACAGUUUCCGCAUGUGCUAAUUGAUUCAUAAGACAGCUCUAUUACGUCCACAGCUGAGGCUAGAUAUAAUCAAGAAGAACUACUGUGGUACCCAGAAAUAAACAAAAGUUAAUGGAACUUUGCUGAGACACAAAGACAGUAUUUUUGGUGAUUGGCUAAAGGUUCAGUUUCACACUUGACGACUUUCUGGUCUGGUCCUCUUUUUCACUUGUUUGUACCACUCACACUUUAAGGAGAGAUGAAAAAAAUCUAAGUCAAGCCAACAGGAGCCGUGUCUUUCAAGAAAGAAAUACAGCUGCCAGAGAACACAAAUGAGGACUUUAUAUAAGCGUAAAGCCAGCGGGGUGUCUGAGGGCAUCACAUUUCAUUGCUCUUGUCUGCUUACUACAAGAUAUAAAAACUGUCAUUUGCCAUUGGGGGGAUGUUUCAUGAAUUGAAUGUUAUAGUUUCAUAAUCAGAUACUUUGGCUUUAGGGGACUGAAUGAACUUUUCAGGAAGAUUAUUUUUUCCGUUCUGUGUUCUUAGAACAGGUUCUAGUUGUCUUUCAAUAAGUGAAUGCUAAUUGUAUAAGUAGCUCCUGUUAGUCCUUUCUGGCCUAAACAAAGAACAUUAGGAGUUCUGUUUCUGUCUCUCUCUUGCAAAACAGGUGUUUCUUCUCCUAUCAUUUCAUAACCUCUCUAUAGGAGUUCUUUAUUUUUGUUUAUUUUUCAAUCGUUUGGUAUAUAAGACACAACGACUUUUAGGAAGCACACUUAAGUUGUAUAAUUCAUGAAUUGUUGUAUAUUUAAAAUGUCUUUUUGUUGUCUUGACUCACAAACUUAAUCUCAUGAAUGACAGCUUGACUGGGCAUAGACGUUACUGAAUUAUACUUUCUUCUCCUUCCAAAUAAUUACACACUGCUCCACUUAUAAUGGCAUCUAAUAUUCCAAGAUUACUGCACCUUUUCCCACUUUAUAGGUGACAUAUUUCUUCUUUACAGAUGCCUUCAAGCUCCUUUCCUGAAUAAAACAUUUGAAUAAGAAAAAGUCAUUAGUUUUUAUCUUAAUGUGCAUCUUUUUCCUUUAUAUAGAUAAAUGAAAUGGAAAACACUGAUGUUCAAGACGUACUAAAUCAACCAAACAUUAAUAUGCAACACAAACUAAGCUUGAGUGGUUUUAUUAUAACCUCACUCAGACGCAUAGGCUGCAAGAGAAGACCUCAAACUGAACUAGCGGUAAUAGUUCACCACUCGUGUUCUGGAGAUUAGGCAAUUGACAGUCCAGCAACUUGCCUAGUUCAUGAAUUUUGUCCACUCUCUAUUCAGGUCUUGCUUACUUUCUUAUGCCCUAAAAUUAUCUUAGGUCAUAUCCAAGCCUACUGAAUACUGUAAGCGUCUUUUCUUAACCUUUUACAUUUGAGACUCUGCCAAGGUGGUACCCUCCCUUACUAUUUAAGAGACUGUGUCUUGCAUGAUCAGUAGGUAUUCCCCUACGGCAUUUGGAUGCAGGAUUCGACAGAAAUUAUCUUCAGGACACAGUUUGCCCUUUAUAACUGAAAACCCAUGUUUUUAAAAAUUUCACAAAAUUUCUCUUCGGUUACAUUUCUGAAUAUUUUUAUUUUACUGUCCUGUUUUCUUCAUGAGGCACACCAAUUAUGCUUCUGAGUCUCCAUUAUUAUUUUCAUAACUGGCAUCUUCUCACACUUUGCUCUUGUCUAUGUUUUUAAAAACUGAUAUUUCAUUUUGCAUUUUCUUCUUUUGGUUUUCUGCAGUUUGAUUUUGUUCUCCUUUUUAAAGCAUUGAACAUGAAAUAUUCUUCAAUAUCUUGGAGGAAAUUUUUCCCAGCUGUGUGUUUUGACGGUCUUUUGCUUGCCAUAUUCUCCUUACUUUGUGGUUGCAGAAUUUUUCACAGAUAACAUGACUGGUUUUUUCUCUGUCAGUUAUUUUUUAGGUAAAGUCCUACAUGAGUGUCUUACUUGUGCCAAAAGCGGAUAAGUAGAAACUGUUGGACUCUGUCAUGCCUUUAUCUGAUCUUUUAUAAUUUUUCACCUCAAAAUUGAGGUGAAAAUUUAGAACGUUGAAUUUCUCUAGUCUGUGUUAAGCCUUGGGAAGCUGGAGGAGAGUAGAAUGGAAGCUGGGGUCAUGACCACCAUUAGUCUUAAAAUUUGGUCCCUGUGUUCCUCCCUCUAAAUCUCUUUAAACCCCUGGUCCUUCUAAACCACCAGUAUGUUCUAGUUCAUGAUGGGAACGGAGACCCUCAGGAGAAUUUGAUCUGUUUUAUGCUUUGAUUUCAGCAGAAAAAAUUAGCAAGACUCCUAGUGUAAAUUAUAAACCCACAGAAUUUUCCUUUGGGAAGUCAGACGUUUUGUUUUCUUCAGAUGAUAUUGGUCUUCUACAAUUAAGAGGCUGGUUCCAGGAUAUUGUUUCACAUCUCUUUUCUUCUCCAAAACUUAACUUUCACUAUUCCCUUCGAUGUUGAAAAGCUAAGUCGGACGACGCCAUUUGCUGUUGCUGAGCGUGGACGCUGGCGGUUAAGACCUAGGUCGCGAGCUUCUCCCGCGCACGCUGCCUGGCCUCCAGCACCUGCUUCAUCCUGCGCUCUCUCUCGUGUCGCCCUUCGGAGCAGCGACCGCCGCCACCCGGAAAGAAGUUAGAGACGCUGCGAGGUCGCUGCCACCGCCAUGCCCAAGAAUAAAGGUAAAGGAGGUAAAAACAGACGUAGAGGUAAGAAUGAGAAUGAAUCGGAAAAAAGAGAACUAGUAUUCAAAGAAGACGGUCAAGAGUAUGCCCAGGUGAUCAAAAUGUUGGGAAAUGGACGGCUAGAAGCAAUGUGUUUCGAUGGUGUAAAGAGGUUAUGUCACAUCAGAGGAAAAUUGAGAAAAAAGGUUUGGAUAAAUACCUCCGACAUAAUAUUGGUUGGUCUCCGAGACUACCAGGAUAACAAAGCGGAUGUAAUUUUAAAAUACAAUGCAGACGAAGCCAGAAGUCUGAAGGCAUAUGGCGAGCUUCCAGAGCAUGCUAAAGUCAAUGAAACGGAUACAUUUGGUCCGGGAGAUGAUGAUGAAAUUCAGUUCGAUGACAUUGGAGAUGAUGAUGAAGAUAUUGACGACAUCUAAACUGAACUCAAGAUUUCACAUUCCAUCUUUUCUCAAGAUUGCCCUACAAUUUGGAUUUUGGCCAUGACAAAGAAGAUUAAAAUUUCAUUAGCAUGAA